ACUGACGUUUACGGCUCUCUAUUUUCAUAGAUUCUGAGUGAAGCGAAGAAUGCUAUAGUUAGUGAUGUUUUUUUUUAUUCCUAGAUAGCUAACCUAACCUAACCUAGGUUCCUAUAUUGUAUUUUUUGGUGAACACUUUUUUCGGAUAGACGAAGUGCUCGUAAAAUUAUUUCGUGUAUAAUAUAUUCAAUGAAAACAAUAAAAUUAUUUUCUAAAUGGUAGGUAGAUUAUUGGAGUUGUAACUUCUCGAUUUUACUCAAAAGUUACAAAAAAACACGGACGACCUUCGACCAUUUUUGAAGAAAUCUCACCUACCAGUGCUAUUGUUUGAACUGCUCAACUCGAAAUCGUUUUUCGAUUGCUAUGAUUUAUCAUCUUAGAUAUUAAUUUUUAUCUAAGCACCACAUUAACGAGAACCGCUGCCAUGGUUGACGCAGUUUAUCGAGGUAACAUCGACGAGUUGCUGUCUGUGAUUGACCACCUGAAGAAAUACAUAAUCGCAUUCAUAAUCGUUCUGCUGGUGCUGUUAUCGGUGUUUCAUUUCUCCAAGUUUUCAGUACAUGUCGUGCCACUGAUCAUCGUCACGUUAGUGCUGUUGCCGGCCGUCUACUACACAACCGUUCUCGUUUUGAAGUUCAGCACCAGUGUAAUUGCUUCGAAUCAAGCCGGAGAAGUCUCAACAAUGAACUCUGACAACAACCAACAAGUCCUAAAAACUCCCGACCUCCCAUACCCGAACAGUCCGACACCGCCGCCGUCGUACGAGGAAGCGACGCGAAACGACCAUUACUAUCAACCACAAUCGUGGUUGCCUUCGACUAGCAGCGGGUAUACCAGCAGUGGUCACUCGACAAUACCCGCUGUGUUCAGUGUUGAGUACCAGUAUAACGAUGCCAUGUCAAAUGUUCACAGAGGUAUACCGGCUGCGACCACGACCACAACCACACAAAAUCAGACCCAAGACGAUUGCACGUCGUCCCACAAGUCUACAAUCCAAAACAUUCCCAGUGUGACCAUAACAUUGGACAAUGAUCAACAUCCAACUGAAAUUUAAUGAAAUAAUAAUAGUUGGGAGUUUAAUGCCGUGUGUCAGGAUUUGAGUUUGACGGAAACAUGAAAAUCCGCAGGAUUAUAAGGACAACCGAUUUAACUAAGAUAAUCCAAAAAAUUAUGGUAAUCUGAAUUGUCAGGGUACCUACUUAACACAGAAAAUUUAGAUAAUUGAAUUUUCUUAACUAUUAUAUUUUUAAUUAUUAAAUAAUUUAACUGAAUGAUUAUGAUUAUUUAGAAUAAAAUAAUAAAAAUCAUUGUUAUUAUGAUUACAUAGGUACCGCAUUUAAUAUUUGUAAAAUCGUUAAAAAAAUAUUUAUAGUAGGUACCAGGUACCAGGUAACUUAACUAUUAUUAUCAUAUAUUAUAUUGUUAUUUAAUUUUAUUUUCACUAUUAUUAUUAUUAUUAUUAUUAUAGUUGUACUGUGGUUUAUAUACAAUUAUUUAUAUUGUAAAUAUAAAAUUAAUUAAUAUUUAUUAUCGUUGUUUAAAAAGGAAUUUGGAAGUUUUGAAAUUUAUUCUCAAUUUCCUAAUAAUGUUGGUGAUUAAUUUUGUAUCUAGUAAAUCAAAUACAUAAAAUCAAAAUAUCUGAAAAUCAAUUUUUUCCCAAACUUUUAAUGACAAAUCUUGAAAUCUAUAGCGAUGAGUGUGGUUUGUCUAUUAUACAUAUGCAAUAAUAAUAAAUUAAUGUUUAUUUAACUUUUGUCAUACCAA